GCUGGUAUCACAACAACGACAUGGGAGGUAAGAACCAGUCAUUUUCUCUAAUAAAAAAGCAUUAAAGCUAUCAAAUCGUAAACCAGAAAUCACCAGAGCAAUCCUUUGGUUUUUCAUUAGAGAGACAAAACAUGGAAUGGGAUCAAUAAGGAGUAUUUUUAUCUAAUUUGGCAUAUUUUAAUUUGCAACAAAGCACAAAUUAUACUGUAAAAAUAAUACUGGACCUUUGUUUUACUGUGUAAUCUUCACAAUACUGUUCACACUCCGUUACCUACUGCAAAAGUCACAUGGAUAAUGUCAUAACUGUUGUCAUAAAUUUAUUACUGAGGUCAAAGUUAAGUUAAAUGUGGUGUGUAUUAAAUAUGUAUUUAUAAACAUAAAUGUUUAAAUAUGUUGGUGUGAACAAAACUGUAGCGACAGGUGCUUUUUUUUUUCUUUCCUAACACACCAAAAAAUUGUAGCCCUUCUUUAUAUGAUCAUAUAUCAAACUGUGUUUAGAUUUAUUAUUUUAAUUUUGAGCAUUCUCACAUUUUAGCUGCUGAUUCUGAAUUCUGAGUUCACGCUUAUUGUGUGUGUGUGUUUUUGUUUGUUUUGUUUUGUUUGUUUGGUAGAUGGAUCAAAAUGUGACCACUUAGCAUCAGACAUUGAAAUGCUAAUUGAGUCGGUCUCAAUAUGACACCAUUGAACUUCGGUAAUGAUGCCUAUCUCUUUGCAACAGCAACCCAUGCAGAUCAGCAAUAGCCUGGGAAACAAAUCUGAUCCUGCCACUUGCAAAUAGCAGUGUGGACAGUCACUCUUACAGCUCUAAUUUGAGAAACAAAUCUGAUUUGCCUGUCGUCUGAGCAAAACCUGAGACUCUUAGUCUGCUCUGUGUUAACUGAUCUGUUAUAGAUUUGGUCUUGGACACAUCUCCAAACUGUUUCAAAGUCUAAUGCUGAAGUGUGAUACUUAACCUUAAUAAACUGUCAUACCGGAGUAUCUUUUUAUCCUUUAUUUUACCUCCUUACUUUUAGUUUAUCACAGUAUUUUUUUUGCAAUUGUUUUACCACAUACAUGAAAUGCCAAUAAGUUAGAAACUGAACCACUUAGCUGUAGCUUUAUAACAAGCAUUAAUGUUCAGAGAGGGGUGUGAAGCCACAUUUGAAUAAAAAAAAAAAAAAGCUCAUGCAAAGUUGAAACUUCAUUUUCAUAAACCACCGGAGUAAACAGUCUGCCGGUCCUCUUGGACAUACACCCAUUUGGAAAAACAGAUCUAUACAGUGCUUGUAAACCCUUGGUUAUUUGCGGAUUAGAAAUGAGUUAAUUGUUCCCCCUUUCUUUGUCUGACAGGUGUGUACUCCGGUGAAAAGAUGGCAGGAGUUUUCUCCUAUGAGAGUUCAGAAAUCGACUGGUGUGAAGACAACUACAGACACUCAGAACACGUGGUUGAGUACUUCAAUACUGUAAGUUCUUAAUCCUCAUACUGCAGCAUUUGUAUUACAUCAUUUAAAUCCCAGGGGUAGGAUCAAUAACAGUUGACUGAUGAUGUUUUGUUAAUUGACUGAUGUUUCCCCUGCAGAUGAGCAGCUUUAUUUUCUUCAUUAUAUCUCCCAUCAUGCUCUACCUUCUGCACCCUUACGCCAAAGAGAGGAACCUAGCCAUUCACCUGGUCUGGGUUAUGAUGAUAUUUGUAGGUCAGUGACUCUUUUUCUUACUUGUUUCAAAAACUUACAUUCAUCUCUAUUUGUCUCAUGAUUUUAUGGACAGAUAGUGAGUGUCUCUCAUCUCAUUCACAAUGCUUGCCUGUUUUUCUGUCUCUGACAUGUGCACAAGUCAUGAAACAAAUAUUAAUCAUAGAUUCAUUGUACCUGUGAGUUGUUAGUUUAGUUAUGGAUUGAGCAUAAAUCACAGCGCUGUCAGGAUACGACCUAGACACACAACGAACAUUGUGGUAUUUAUCUGCAGAACAAGUGGUCCCAGUGUAGAUCUCUGAGGCACACCUACUAUGUUGGUAUAAAUAUUGCUUUACAUAUAAAAACAAGACAUUUUUUAAAGAUGUUGUAAGUUACAGCUCUACAAUUAAAACCCCUUGCCAUUGGGGUAAAAAAAAAGCUCUAUUUUGAUCAAACUAGAAUUAUCGUUGCCAACUUUUUGCAGGAUAAAAAAGGGCAUUAAGGAACUUUUUUUUAAGAUUAAGCUGAGAUUUAUGUACCCUGAAUAGUUCUAUUUUUUCCUCUUAUUUGAAUAGAUUUACAAUCACUGCAAAAUUAUCAUCAUACUCCUCAUGAGACUCACAUGGAGGAAUUUAGCUUUUUAUGCUGAUUUACAGACUGCAAAUGUCCUAUAACUGUUCCCACGUUCCUACUUAUAUCUUUUGCUCUCUUUUUUCAGGGCUCUUCUCGGCAUAUUUUCACAUGACACUGAGCUUUGUCGGUCAGAUGUUGGAUGAGCUGUCUAUCCUGUGGGUGUUGGCGGUGGGAUAUUCUGUCUGGUUCCCCCGUAGGCUCUUCCCCUCUUUCAUAAAAGACAGGUAAAGUUUUGUGCAGGUAUUCAGUGUCAACUUACUUAUCAAUGUGUUACCAGGGACUCACGCAUGCUCAAUAAUCCUUUAAUAGGACAGAAAACAACAGUGACAGAGUGUUUUCAAGGCUGUUGCUCUGAAACCUAACCUGAACUGGCCGUGGAGCCUGUCUGACAGCUCCGACCGGAGUCAUUGUCCCAGAGACACGUUAUGGUGUUGCUUCCUUCACCUGAAUGAAAUAGAGGGGCACCUACUAUUGUGAAAAAUUAGAGCUCCACCUAACUCCUAAAUAUUUAACCACAAGGUGGGAAGAGGAUUGAUUAUACAUUGAUGAGCACCUGAAAGGAAUCCCACUAUCCUAAGGUUGAUUUUCCAGGUUUUCAAAGUAACAGGCUGGACCUCCUGAAUAAUGCAAGGCUUUCCAGCUGCACAGGGGCCCAAGAAUUCAAGGGGCCCAUGUCACAGCCCUAAUGUCACGGCCAGUUAGACGGCAUAUUUUAACAACAGAGGCAUCUCAUACAGAUACUGAAAAAUUACUGAGUCGGAAUUGGUAUUUUGUUUUUGUUAUCUAUGUAGGGGCAGGUCCACUUCCACAGAGAAUGCCAUCUUACCCAACUGUUUCUACAGUAGCACAAAACAAACAGACUAGCAACACCUACAUUUUGUAUUUAGCAGGCUUUGUUGGUAUGUGCAAAAUAAUAUACAAUAUAUUAGUAGACAGUUUUGAUGAUAGAAGCUUCUUGUCCUCGAAGGCCACCAUUCCCUCUUUGUGGGAAAGGUUGAGCGAGGGAUAUUCAGAUAUCGGUGAAUGCUCCCAUUUCUUCACACAAGAAAAUAGAGACUGUACAUAAGGUUUUUGUAGGGUUUUCCUUCAGGGUUCAAACAUCUUCUCCACUGAUCAAAUGUUAACAGGACUUUCUAAAAAUGACCUCCUGAGAAGUCUUGUUGAUCACUGAUAUCGACACAGAACCUUAAUAGCAGUCAAUGAGCCUCACAGAUGUUGUCUCUGCCGCAGGUCCACAUUUUCAAGCCUCGUCCUGGUGGUUACAGCGAUCACCACAGUGUCAUCGUUUGUCAAACCUACAGCCAAUGCCUACGCUUUGAACUGCUUCGGCCUCCAUCUGCUUUAUGUCCUGGCUGCAGAGAUGAAAUGGUACAAAACUUUACAUGUCCUGCGUAUCAAUUCACAUUUCUUGGUGUGGUUUUGAUUGAUUUUAAUUAACAGUUUUUGUUCAAUCACAGCUGUAAUGACCAGAAGGUUCUGCGCCUGGCUAAGCUGUCUGUGGCUCUGUGGGUGCUCGCCAUCACCUGCUGGAUCAGUGAUCGCUUUGGCUGCAGCUUCUGGCAGAGGCUGAAUUUCUGCUACCUGCAUGGUAUCUGGUAAGUCCUGGUAUUCUUGUAUCACAGUCCUUAUCUCUGUAUUUCUUUUGUCUUUUUAGUUUUUACUCUUCCCCUCCCUCAUUUCAGACCUUUCCCAUAUUUUCCAUUGAUUCUAUCACCUGAAACUGUGAUUUUAAAGGUCCCGUUUGAGCAUGUGUGCACACAUCAGGCCUUUGUGAGUAAUAUUGCGACUGAUCAAAAGAUUAGAUAUUUUUAUAGAGGGAUAAACAAAAUAUUUCUGAUUUUCUUCCUCUCAAAGACACCCAUGUGACAGCUGAAGUAAAAUAACAAAAUUGAUUUUUCUCAAUUUAUCUUUAUAACCAAUUUCGUAUAUAAUACUGUUGUAUAUUAUAUAUGGUCAGCGUUAUUGAUUUUUUAAGGCACACUAGGAGGUUGUCAAACCUAUCCAUUGAUUCACAAGAAGAAAAUUCCUGUCUUGAGAGGCUUUUCAGACACUUUUAUUUCAAUGCUAAACAAAUGAGGAGCAUAUUUAGGUCACUUCUUCGAGAGAGGUUUGUUUAUUUUAAGGAAAUACUCAUGCGUAUAUCUUUCCAUUAUCUGUAUCUUCCAGGCAUAUCCUGAUUGUGAUGGCUGUGGCCUAUGCCAGCACCCUCGUAGCAUACCUGGACGCCAACUAUGAGAUACCAUACUCUCUUCCCGGGCUGCAGUACUGGCCCUGUGAUAAAUGGGCUGUUGGACUACCUCACAUUGUCCUCAAGGGCACUCCCAAAACACAGAAACGGUGUUGACAAAAUUAGAGCCGGUUUGAACUGUGGAAGAGCAUUUCUGUUACGUUAUUUUAUCAGUACUGUAGUUCAUCAAGAGCAAAUUAUCAAAAGGAAUUCUUUUAUUUUGUGAUAUAAAGUUCUCACCACCUUUAAACCUCAAAUACAUGAUCCAUGAUCUAAAAGACCAGCCUCAAAAAAAGAAAUAUAUAUAUCUACGCCUAAUCUCAAACAAAAUACCAUUAUUUUAUUACUUCUUAACACAUCAUAACUAAAUUUAAUUUACUAUAGCUUUUGAUCUUGUUUGAUGGACCCCCUACACACAGACCUCAAAGCCUUCCAGGACUUUAAUGUAAUAAGUCCUGGAAGUUUCUGUCCCAAACAGUGUGUUUCAUGUUUUUAUUUUGUGCCUAUGCAAUGGCCUUUUAUUUGAGAUGAAAUCAAGUUUGCAUACAAAAUGGUUUUAGAUGUAGAGCUAGAAUAUUUCUUAGUAUACACCUGGCUUAAGUGUGGAAAGAAUAAACAACUUUUUUUUCAUCUAUAGUAUGGAGUACGACACAUAAUAUUUAAUAGUAGUUUAUUUGAAAAUAUAUAUUUAUAUGAAUGCAUUGAUGACUUCAAAGUUUUACUGUACACACAGUCACAAACAAAUACUGGUGAAGAAAGAGUAUAUCUGUGUUUUCAAGAGUUUGUUGUUGACAGUGACGUUUUUGUACAUAAAUAUGAGCUGCUGUGAUUUAUGUUCUGUUUAUGAAUGAAUGUGUUUUUUAUUAUUAACUUUAUGGCACAAUAUUUUGAUUUACUGUGUUUUUAUUACAUUGAAC